UCUGCUUCCCGCCUCUGCCUUGCGCGCGUCCUGCUGGAGCGGUAGUAUCGGGAGGAGGAUGCCGGACAGACACAGGAUCCGCGUGUGUGCUUAAGGAAGGAUCGAGGUGCAAAACCCCGCCUCAGCAGUCAUGAGGAACAGAGGCCAAACUUCAUACUGCACAUUCAUCUCUCAGAGCGGGGCCCUCACAUCUCACCUGCUCAUUAGAUAUAUUGCUGGAAUUGCAGUCCUGAAGAUUGAUGGAGGGCCAUGCUAUUCAAACAGCAGGCGCUGCUGAGACAGAAGCUCUUCGUCCUGGGCAGCCUCGCGAUCGGAAGUGUCCUCUAUCUGGUGGCCAGGGUCGGGACCUUGGAUAGGCUACAGCCCAUUUGCCCUAUUGAAAGCAGACUGCCCCCCCGUGAGCCAGAGCAGAUCCCUCUCCGCACCCUGCAGUUUAAGCGUGGCCUGCUCCAUGAACUACGCAAGGGCAAUGCCACCAAAGAGCAGAUCCGACUGCACCACCUGAUCCAGCAGCUGCCUCGGGCCAUCAUCAUUGGGGUGCGCAAGGGGGGCACCCGCGCCCUGCUGGAGAUGCUCAACCUGCACCCGGCAGUGGUCAAGGCCUCGCAGGAGAUCCACUUCUUUGACAACGACCAGAAUUACGCACGGGGCAUUGACUGGUACCGAGAGAAAAUGCCCUUCUCCUUCCCUCAUCAGAUUACCAUUGAGAAGAGCCCUGCCUACUUCAUCACGGAGGAGGUCCCUGAACGCAUCUUCAAGAUGAACUCCUCCAUCAAGCUGCUGAUCAUCGUCCGCGAGCCCACCACCAGGGCUGUGUCCGACUACACGCAGGUUCUGGAGGGCAAGGAGCGCAAAAACAAGACGUACCACAAGUUUGAGAAGCUGGCCGUGGACUCCAACACCUGCGAGGUGAACACCAAGUACAAAGCCGUGCGGACUAGCAUCUACACCAAGCACCUGGAGCGCUGGCUCAAAUACUUUCCUGUAGAGCAGUUCCACAUCGUGGAUGGGGACCGCCUCAUCACGGACCCGCUGCCUGAGCUGCAGCUCGUCGAGCGCUUCCUCAACCUGCCCUCAAGGAUCAGCCAGUACAACUUGUACUUCAAUGCCACCAGGGGGUUUUACUGUCUGCGAUUCAACAUCGUCUUCAACAAGUGCCUGGCAGGCAGCAAGGGCCGCACCCACCCAGAGGUGGACCCCUCAGUGGUGACUAAACUGCAGAACUUCUUUCACCCCUUCAAUCAGAAGUUUUACCAGAUCACUGGGCGGACUUUCAACUGGCCAUGACAACUCUGGCCUCGUCCAGUGAGAUUCUUUGGGGGUUUUUCAAAGUUAUCAGAUCGCUAAAACUAAUAAUAGCACUUUGAUUGAGUUCAAUACAAUAAUGACAGUGUGACCAAAUAUCAAAGGGACUUGAUGUGAGGUUUUUUUCCCUGUGUGAAAAAGAAAAAUAGUUCCAUGAUGAUGCAAAUAUCCUCACCUGUCUGUCAUCGAUCCCCAUGAAGAGGCUAUCAAACAUAGGCAUAAAUGUUAACAUAAGCUUUAAGUCUGUUGAGUUCCUCAUGUUAAAACACCUUAAAGAUAACUAAACGACGUUUGAUAAACAACAUAAUUCUUCACUUUUUGGUUGUUGUUUUUUAAUCACAACUGCAUGUGCAAUCACAAUGCCAUUUUAACAUUUAUGACUUUUAUAAAAGUUGUCUUCUGUUGUCUGAUUUGCUUGUUCUAACCACAUAUUCUGUUGAAUUUAUGCUGUGGUUAAUCCAGGCAAGAUGGACUUUUUAUUCUCAUUAUAAACAUGGUGAAGAUCAGAACAGGCCCAUCAGAAUAGACUCAAACCACGACCCUCAAAGCAUUUAGAAUCAAUCUUGUGUUUUAACAUGUUGGUUCCUUUUCCAUAGAGCCUUUUCCUUGGUUUGCAAAACAGCUGGCGUAAAAAAAGCCAUAGUGAGAAAAAACAUGGUUGUCCUGAUGAUUGUUGUCGAACCAACUGUUAAUUCUAUAACGAUUAGCAAAUUGUGUCUGAUUCUCUACAAAUA